UAACCUUAUAAUCAAAUCGACAAUUACAAAAUUCCAAUUCCGACAACGACGUUACAUAAUUGCGUAACUCAAAGCCACUCCUCAAUUCCGUCCUGUUGCCGUCUGACGUAACCUCACGCGCCAUUCCCGGCGACUUCACCUUUUCUUAUGUCAUCAUCUCCGUACACUCUCCUACUCAUGCGGCUCACGCGCUUUUCCAAUCGCCAACCGGCGAUUAUCCUUUAUACCCUUCCCUCUUUCUUCCAUCAUUCUCCGAUCAAUUCUCUUCUUCAUUCUUUCCAUCAAUGGGUGAGAUUACCGAAUCCUCCACACAGGUAACCAUGUCAUCAAGGCCAUUACCCUUCCGUGAGGAUUGUUGGAGCGAACAAGCUACAUGGACCCUUGUUGAUGCUUGGGGACGUCGUUAUAUGGAAUUGAACCGUGGAAAUCUCCGUCAGAAGGAUUGGCAACAGGUCUCCGAUUCCGUUAAUGCCCUUCAUGGACAUUCGAGGAAGACUCACCGAACCGAUGUUCAAUGUAAGAAUCGGAUUGAUACCUUGAAGAAGAAGUACAAAGUUGAGAAGGCAAAAAUUAUUGAGUCUAACGGAACCCUAACGUCAUCCUGGCCCUUCUUCGAACGGCUUGAUAUGUUGAUCGAAAACUCCGAUAAGAAAGUUACGCCGGUGAUGGUGUCUCUGUUACCUAUACCGAUGUCCUCACCGCCUAUGGGAGUACCGUUGCCUUACCGGAGAUCGGCGGUGGUGACACCGGUUAGUUUACCUCAGAAGCGGCAGUUGCCGGCUUUUGAUGAAUCCUGUUUCAGGAGAAAUUAUUCGGCUGUAGCUGCUGCUGCGGCAGCAGGAGGAGGGGAAGAGGAUUAUGAUGACGAGGAGGAGGAUGUGGAGAUGACUGAAGAGAGUUGGGAAGAGGAUGGGAUGAGGAGGCUGGCGAAGGCUAUAGAGAGUUUUGGAGAGAUAUAUGAGAGAGUUGAAGGGAUGAAACAGAGACAAAUGGUGGAGCUGGAGAAGCAGAGGAUGCAGUUUGCUAAAGAUUUGGAGGUUCAAAGGAUGCAGUUGUUUAUGGAUACACAAGUUCAGCUUGAAAAGAUUAAGCAUACUAAGCGGUCUGGCUCUAAUGAUCUGUAUAGCUAGCUCUGUGGUGAAAGAGCAAUUAAAAAGAACCAGGAUUGCGAGAUUAUGGACGAGUAUUAUGGAGCAAUCCAGUCGGUACUUGUAGUCAACUUUUCUUUGUUUAUCUCCAAGUUCAUAUCUAAUGAUGACCCUAGUUUAACUGAUUAUUACUUUUUUUUAGCAGGAAUAGUUGGUACUUGUAGUCAACUUUUCUUUUAUUUUAGCGGAUCUAAAAUACAGCAUUAGCCCGUUUUGAAAAUUUUCUGUAUUGAAAUCAAGGGUUACCUUUUUUAACAUUUUGUUUGCUAUUCCAUGAAUCAGACAAUGGUGCAUCAACAAGGUUAUUGUGACAUGCAUUCUCUAUGAACUGCCUAUGUCACAUUUUUCAUAUGUCAAACAAGUCAAAUAGGAUUUCGAAGUGGGCAUUGAAGGCUUUCGCCUAUUUUUUUCUGGAAACUUUGUGCCUAUUCAAAUUAGAAAAUCACAUUGCAAAAGUUUGGUAGAUAGAACAAUCCCAGUGCAAGGUGCAGAUUACAAUAAUUAUUUUGGUGACACUCUU